GCGUGUUGCCAACCUCCAUGUGCUGUCUGCUCUCAAAUCCUCAAAACUCGCCACAAGAAGCUCCACUCAAAUUACUAUUCUAGUAGGACAUCUCCAAAAUAUACCAUCUCUUUAGCCAACAAAGCUUACACCAGCCAAUAAGAUUCCCAUUUCUUUUGAGUUUAGCAAGGCCUUAAAAAAAGAAGCUCAUCAAAGCCUAUUCUCUAGCAUCUCUUUAGAUAUAAAGCACCUCCUAUCUAUCAAAGAAAUCUUUAUCUUGACGCACGCUUCCAAAGCUUGUCCAACCUCUCUAUAAGUACUCUACACAGACACCAAACCAUCAGCACACAUUUAGAAAGAGAGAUAGACAAAGAGAGGAAGCAUGAUUAAGUUGAGAUCGAAGAAGCUCUUCAAGAGGAGUUCUAAACUGAGUAAUGGUGGGAGCGGCGUUGCCGCUGGAGGCUGUGGUAGGAGCGGCGACAUUGAGUGGGAGCUGCGGCCUGGAGGCAUGCUGGUUCAGAAGAGAGAGGAAGCAAAGGGUGAUAGAGAAGGGGUGAUCACUGUGAGAGUCUCCACUGGAUCACAUUGGCAUGACAUCUCCAUUGGAGCCACCUCAACAUUUGCGGAGUUGAAGAUGGUUGUAUCCAUGGUGACAGGAUUGGAGCCCAGAGAGCAGAGGCUUUUGUUCAGGGGGAAGGAGAGGGAGGAUGGGGAUCACCUUCACAUGGUAGGAGUCAGGGACAAGGACAAGGUACUUCUGUUAGAGGACCCUGCCAUCAGGGAAAUGAAACUGAAAGCAAUGACAAGAAGCCAAGCCAUGGGGAGCCCUUGUCACACCAUUAUUGAGGUGUAGGCCAUGGGGCUGUGCCUUUGUUUCCCUUAGAACUGACUACGUGAGAAGGUCCCAAAGGUUCUGCUGCUUCUGCAAAAGAUAACUAGUCUGAUCCUAAAUGUAGUGUGAUUUUGAGUUAUAUGUAAAGCUGGUAUCAAGUGGAGAUUUUACAGAGUUGCAUUCCAUGGUAUAUGAUGUAAUGGAAUGAGAACCUUGCUCACCUGUUUACUUCCAAGUAUCAACAUGAUGCCGAGUUUUGUGUGAA